AUGCAAUAUACCAACAACACCAAUUCACUGCCAACCUAUCUUACCACCAACACCAAUUCAUCUCUACUAUGUUUUAACACCACCUCAUACCGCCAACAUUACUACCAUUCCUCAUACCACCACCUUAUACCACCACUUUUCAUACCAACCACCACCUCAUACCCCCACCUCAUAACCAUCACCCAUACCACCACCUCAUACCAUCACCUCAUACCACCACCUCAUACCACCACCGUCAUACCCCCCCGUCAUACCCCACCUCAUACCACCACCACCUCAUACCCCCACCUCACACCACCUCAUACCCCACCGUCAUACCACCAUACCCCUCAUACCCCACCUCAUACCACCACCUCAUACCCCCACCGUCAUACCCCCACCUCAUACCAUCAACUCCCUCCCACCGCCUCAUACCACCACCACCAACCCAUCCCCGAGAUCCCGCCUGUUUUAUAA